GCUUGGCGCCUGGCGCCCCCCCACCCCCCAACGCCUGAGGAGGGAUGCGGAGCGCUCCGAGUGCCCGGUAGCCGCGGCUCGCGGCGGUGCUCGGCGUGAUGGAUGAACCGUGGUGGGAAGGGCACGUCGCCGCCGACGUCCACCGCAGCCUGCGCGAGAAGGAAAUGAAGCUGCCCACCUUCCGAGCCCACUCCCCGCUGCUGAAGAGCCGCCGGUUCUUCGUGGAUACCUUGACUCUGCUGAGCAGCCACUGCCAGCUGUGUCCCACAGCCCGGCACCUGGCCAUCUACCUGCUGGACCACUUCAUGGACCGCUACAACGUCACCACCUCCAAGCAGCUGUACGCCAUAGCCAUCUCCUGCCUCCUGCUCGCAAGUAAGUUUGAGGACAGGGAAGACCGUGUGCCCAAGCUGGAGCAGAUCAACAGCGCGAGGAUCCUGAACAGCCACAGCCUCGGCUUCACCAAGAAGGAGCUGCUGAACACAGAGCUGCUGCUCCUGGAGGCCUUCGGCUGGAACCUCUGCCUGCCCACGCCCGCCCACUUCCUGGACUACUACCUCUCGGCCUCCAUCAGCCAGAAGGACAACCACUGCCACAUCUGGCCUGCCACUUGCUCCCACAAGACCAAAGAAUGCCUCAGGGAGUUUGCCCAUUACUUCCUGGAGGUAACCCUGCAAGAUCACGUAUUCUACAAAUUCCAGCCUUCCGUGGUGGCUGCAGCCUGCGUGGGGGCCUCGAGGAUCUGCCUGCAGCUUUCCCCGUACUGGACCAGAGACCUGCAGAGGAUCUCAAGCUACUCCCUGGAGCACCUUGGCACAUGCAUCGAACUCCUGCUGGUUGCCUAUGACAAUGUCCUCAAGGAUGCUGUGACAGUCAAGAGCCAGACCUUGGCAAUGGUUCCUGGCACAUCCUCUACCCCCGCCCAACUACUGUUCCAGCCUGCCGCCUACCCUGCCCUCAGCCAGCCCACAGCCACCCUUGCACAGUUCCAGGCCCCUGUGCCAGACAUGAGCUUGGCCUGUCGGGACUCCCACCAUCCGGGAAGCCUGCUCUCUGGGGGCAGCAGCUCUUCCCUGCAUACCCCCUUCUCCGCCCUGCAGCCCCUGGAGGUUUGUCCUGUGCCCGUGCCCGCCUCCCUGAGCAUGCAGAUGGCCGUCGCUGCUGAACCCAGGCACUGCCUUGCCACCGCCUAUGGAAGCAGCUACUUCAGCGGCAGCCACAUGUUCCCCGCUGGCUGUUUUGACAGAUAAGCCACCUUGAGGCUACAUGGGAGACCCUUGUGGAGGGAGCAGUCGGAGGUGGAGAGCUCGGCCAAGCAAGGCAACCCAGGAGGCCAUCCCCAAAGACCCUCAUGAGCCUCUGAACAUGGGCUCCAUGCCCUUUCUCAUUAAAGCGACCUGGGUGAAGCAUUCGAUGACAUACCUCACCCAAGAGCCUCCCUCUGAGAGACGCCUUCCACGUGUGGCUUCCACCGUGACUGGAGAAAGGCGUGAGCAGAGGUCAGCGCCUUGGGGACUGGCUGGCAGUCACUAGCGCGCAGGCGCGUCCUCUUCGUUGACAGCACCUGCACCCAGGGGUGUGGGCGGCUUGGUUUGUUUCCAGGGCCCCUGCAGGACACAGGCUUGGGUGCUUUUCUUUGCAGGGUUUCGUCCAGAGGGGCCUGUGCCUCUGUGGGAACCUGAGUCUGCCUGGCAAGGCCCAGUGGGCUAUUCUUCCUGGCUUUGUUGUCGGACCUCAGAGCUUUCUGGGCCUUUAGAAGUUUGCCCGUGCUGCUACUGCGUCCCAAAGUGAUCUAGCCUUCUGUCCAUUGAGGUGUUUGUUUACAUACUAUGUCAGGGACUAUGUGAUACUUGAAAUAUUUCUUUAAAAAAAAAAAAAAAAAACUACUUCACUGCCACACAGCCUGUCCCAUGUGAUGGCUGUCCUGAGUUUUGGUUUUAACCGGGCUUGGGACAGGCCUGUCAACAACUUUGACAAAGGCGUGCAGUUGGGAGAAUCGCUUUCUAGGGUCUCUGUUCCAGAAGAUUCUGCAUUGUAAUUGCCGUGUUCACCUGUCCAACUUUGAUCACCACUAGGUUGGGUUAGGGAGGGAGAAGGUUGCUGAAGGGAAAGGAAGGGUUUGAAGCAAGUAGCUCCUACCUCCCUGCUCCCCAUGCUUACAGUGUGUGAGUGCAGAUCCUGGCCCAGCCUGGAGUUUGGCCAGAAGUGAAAGGUAACAGUGUGGAAUGUUUGUUUAGCCUGGCCAGGAUUGUGGGGGACAGGGCUGGACAUGGAAAGGUGACACCGCUGCUACUUGGUAAGCGAUCAGUUGGAUGGAAAGCCAGUGUUGGGGGUUCUGCCGUGAGAGGGGCCUCAGGAAGACUGCCGUAACCAUGUGCAAUAUGUUUUUGUUCCGACUCGCGGCCGGCGCUCAGCACGUUCUUUGGGUUUCCUUAUGAGGGGAUAGAUGCAUCGCGUGCCUCUCAAAACUGGGAGGCACAAAGGACCACGGAAGCAGUUUUCGACAGGACACAUUUUUGCUUUUUCUCUGGACUCCCUGCUGGGGGCCUGCAGCAAGGACCGGUGAGGUCAGGCAGCUGCAUGCCACCGACUUGGAUCCGAAGUUUGUGAAGCUUCGCGGAGCAGAGACGAGGACGUGCUGUGCCCACGGAGGGACAAGCGGCUGGGCAAGGAGCAGGCACUAUUGCUUUGUCACACUAACAUAGGAAACUGCACGCUCGUUUGUUGUUUUUGUUUGGUUCUUGGCCAACCUGCUUCUAUUUAUGUGUGACUGGUUUGGAUUUCAAGUUAUUAUAUUUUUUUUGAGGCUGGGGACUCGUGAGAGAAGGCCCCCCCCCCACCCCGAGCUUUACAGGCCAACUCUGUCCCCUGGGAAAAGGCAGCUGCAAUAAACACACCACCUGCUCUUGGUCUCUCUGCUCUUUUCCUGGGCGACCCCCACCCUCCAGCCAGCUCCUCCUGCCUUCUCUGGCAUUUUUUUCUGGGUAGGAGUGGGGGAGGGAUCAGCCAGACUGAUUACCCAAAGCUGGCUUUCCUGGGGAGAUGCGCCAAGCAGAGGAGUGUGUCUGGCUGGACACCCGUCUACGCCUGUUCCUGCUGCUGGGAACACACAGCCUGGGCACACACCACUGCCAGCAACCCCAGUUCUGUGCCAUGGUCAGGGGGGGUGCAUCUGGCGAUGCUCUCCUGGCUCACAGGGUCCCAAGGUGAUGGCGGGGCAUCCCGUGGCUGAUUCAGCCUUCCUGGCCACCACAGCAGACC